AUGAAACAGGGUCCGAUGAAUAGAUCGUGUCUCUGUAGUAUCUUAAUCACCACUGCUCUGAUCUGUGGUGCUUACUUCAUUGCCAAUGCUUAUCUUGCUAAAGAGUUCAAAGAGAAAUUGCUAAGAUGGGAGAUCACUGAUAAGAUGCAUAAUAACAUCACUGGUAAGAUGCAGAACAUUACUGAGAACAUUCAGAACAAAACAUCCGGUACAUGCGAGAAUCUCAAUAAGCCAUUGGGAACUGAAGCAUUACCGCAAGGAAUAAUAGCUAAAACAUCAAACUUGGAAACGCAACAUCUAUGGAACUACAGUGACUCAAAAAAGGGAAAUCAGAACCGUUUGUUGAGUUUGUUAGCCAUGGCGGUUGGGAUCAAGCAAAAGGAGCUAGUCAACAAAGUCAUCCAAAAGUUUCCUCCUCGAGAUUUCGCUGUAAUGCUGUUUCAUUAUGAUGGUGUUGUCGACGACUGGAAGCAGUAUCCAUGGAAUGAACAUGCAAUCCAUGUUUCCGUGAUGAAUCAAACAAAAUGGUGGUUCGCUAAGCGGUUCUUGCAUCCGGAUAUAGUUGCAGAGUAUGAGUAUAUAUUUCUUUGGGACGAAGAUCUUGGUGUUAGUCAUUUCAAUCCUCAACGAUACCUAUCUAUUGUGAAACAAGAAGGUCUUCAGAUAUCGCAACCGGCUCUCGACACUACGAAAUCAGAGGUGCAUCAUCCUAUAACCGCUCGUCGCAAGAACUUGAAAGUUCACAGACGGAUGUAUAAAAACAAAGGCAGUGGGAGAUGUGAUGACCAUAGCACCAAUCCUCCCUGUAUCGGGUGGGUAGAGAUGAUGGCACCUGUUUUCUCUAGAGCAGCUUGGAGAUGUUCUUGGUAUAUGAUUCAGAACGAUUUGAUCCAUGCUUGGGGUUUGGAUAAGCAGCUUGGUUAUUGUGCUCAAGGUGAUCGGAAGAGAAAUGUAGGUGUUGUUGAUGCGGAGUACAUAGUUCACUACGGUCUUCCCACACUCGGUGUGGUUGAAACCUCUUCAAGCUCUGCGAGGAAUGAUACCAACCUGAAGAAAUCAACAAUUUCACAGGAAUCAUCAGAGUUUCAUGAAGUGGAUAAUAGACCAGAAGUGAGGAUGAAAUCAUUUGUAGAGAUGAAGAGAUUCAAGGAACGUUGGAAGAAAGCUGUCAAGGAUGAUAAGUGUUGGGUCGAUCCGUAUUGA